CCCUUCACCUUUGACAUUUUGACACAUUCCAUGAUGGCGGCUCCGGAUGUAAACAUUUGAACACUAUCGUCAGAUUUUAGUGAUUUUUACUCAUCUAAAGUCAGCAAACGGCUAGAAAAAGCGAUGGAAAAAUACGAGAGGAUUCGCGUCGUCGGUCGAGGAGCUUACGGUACUGUGUACCUGUGCAAGCGGCUGGACGCCCAGAAAGAAGUCAUCAUCAAACAGAUCCCCAUCGAGCAGAUGACGAAAGACGAGAGACAGUCGGCGCUAAACGAAGUCCGUGUUCUGUCCAUGUUACAUCAUCCCAACAUCAUCGAGUACUACGAGAGCUUCCUCGAGGAUAAGGCUCUCAUGAUCGUUAUGGAGUACGCACCAGGAGGAACAAUUUUUGAAUACCUGCAGCAGAGAGGAAAUGCACUGCUUGAUGAAGAGGAGAUUCUGCAGUUCUUUGUCCAGAUGUUAUUGUCACUUCAACAUGUCCAUGCCAAACAGAUCCUACACAGAGACUUGAAGACACAGAACAUCCUCCUGAACAGGAAGAAGAACGUGGUGAAGAUCGGAGACUUCGGCAUCUCCAAGAUCCUGAGCAGUAAGAGCAAGGCGUACACGGUGGUGGGGACUCCGUGCUACAUCUCACCUGAGCUGUGUGAGGGGAAACCGUAUAACCAGAAGAGUGACAUCUGGGCGCUGGGCUGUGUGCUGUACGAGCUGGCCAGUCUCAAGAGGGCCUUCGAGGCUGCUAAUCUGCCAGCGCUGGUGCUGAAAAUCAUGCGAGGCACGUUUGCCCCGAUCUCGGACCGGUACAGUGAGGACCUACGCAGGCUCAUCCUCAGCAUGCUGCACCUGGACCCCAGCAAACGCCCAACCAUCACUCAAAUAAUGGCGCAGCCCAUCGUUAUAACAGCUCUCAUAGGGCUGUACACGGACCUGGGAGGGAUUCAGCCUUCAAAACCCCAGCACCCGUUAUCCAGCCUCCCACCUGUGACCAGAGGCCGGGGCAGCAGGGUCAGCAGUGCACGCUCGCACAGGAGUGCAGCCAGUGUAGUGCUGGACUCCAGCGGUAACCUAGCGCAGCCACGCCCACUGUCGUCAGUGUUUUCCUGGGGAGGGGGGAUCACCCAACCGGUCAAACUGCAGCUGCCUCACAGCGACACUCAGGUAAUGCAGGUGUCGACAGGACGUACCCAGAAGGCAGGAGUGACCCGGAAUGGCCGACUCAUCAUGUGGGAGGUCCCAACUGUUGCCACGGACGCUGCCAUGCCGGGUGCCACUGACCAUGCCGCCCUGCAGUUCAUCCCGCGGUUCCUAGAGGGCCAGUCUGGUGUCACCAUCAAACAGGUGUCAUGUGGGGACCUCUUCACAGCGUGUCUCACAGACCGCGGGAUCCUGAUGACGUUCGGCAGCGGAACAAACGGUUGCCUGGGACACGGGCAGACAAACGACGUGCAGCAGGCCAAGAUAGUGGAGGCUCUGCUGGGGUUUGAGGUGACGCUGGUGUCGUGUGGCGCAACGCACGUCAUGGCCGUCACCAACGAACACGAGGUGUUCUCCUGGGGCAGGGGUGACCACGGUCGUCUGGGGUUAGGAAACAGAGAGUCCUACUCUACCCCCCAGCCCGUCCCCAUCCCCUCUCCCCACCUGGUCAAAUCUGUACACUGUGGAGUGGACUGUUCCAUUCUACUUACUACAGACAACAGGCUACUGGGGUGUGGCAGUAACAGACACAACAAGUUGGGCCUUGACAUCCUGCCCGCGGAUGACUCCCCCUCCCAGCAGAUAGAUGAGAUGUGUGUGUUUGUACCGGCCAGCUCAGCUCCUCUGCUGACCACCAGGAUCGCAGCUGUGGCACUGGGAACAUCACAUUCCGCUGCUAUCACAGAAUCUGGGCAGUGCUACACGUUUGGAGCCAACAACUUUAACCAGCUGGGGUACCAGAAGGACAGUAAGGACAGGAGACCACAGCUGGUGCCUGCACUGGAGGACGUGUGUAUCAGCAUGGUGGAAUGUGGGGAUACCUUUACUGUCGCUAUCACUACAGAAGGGGAAGUGUACACCUGGGGUAAGGGGUCGCGGGGCAGACUGGGUAGGAGGGAGGAGAACACCAAGAUCCCCAAACCUGUCCCCCUGCUCGACAGUGAGCCCUUCCAGAUCAUCUCUAUCUCCUGUAGCCAUGGCAACACUCUCCUAGCAACAGAACCAAUUCCUGAACCAGGAACAGCCAGAUGAUCGCCAUGGAUGCAACAGAGCUGCUGAUUGGCCAGAUGGAUUAAAUAGGAACAUUAUUCUUAUACAACAGAGAUGCUGAUUGGUCAAAAAAUCAUGUUGAAAAAUCAAGUAUUAAAUGCAGAAGAAUGCUGUUUCUGUACAGUUAAGAACAUUUGUCUUGUAGUUCUAGAAAAACAUGUCAGACUCAUAUUUCAUAUUUUUGUGUCACUUUUUGUAUUCACUUUGUAAACAUGUAUGAGCUAUGUAGUGUACAUUGUGCAAUAGCAAAUUAUUCUUGUAUUUUUGUCAUUGUAUAUAUAUUGUUAGUGACUGAUGAUGAUGAUGAUAACGGGGGCCGCCCUAAGAUGCCCGGAUUCUUUGCUGAUCUUAUUAUGCAUAAGUAUGCCGUGUUUGUUGCCACUGACUAUGAUGAUUAGAAAGGUAAAUAAACCAAACAAACAGCUUUGCCAGUUGUAAUGCGGAGGGUGAAGGGAUCAUGAACAGUAUGGAUGCCUUCCUUAUUCAAGUAUGGUCUCUAGAUGAAUGUGUUAAAAAUUCAUUGAUCAAAACUUGACCACUCUUUGGCAACUAGUGAUGGAGCGCCGUGAGUUCGAGCGUGUAAAAAAGCGGGCAUCUUAGGGCGGCCCCUGUUAUAUUUUACCACUGUGAAAAAGCAGUACUCCUAUUUCUUAAGACCACUUUGGAAAUCAGCCUGAUUCAACAGAAGGAGUUUAUGUGACUGUGCAUUCCAAACUGAUAAAUAAGCUUAAUAGAUAUACAAUGUAUGUAUUUGGAGUAGAGUUCUAUAUUGCAUGAAUUUGUGCAGUUUAAGUGGCCAAAGGUAUUGAAAUAUUGUUCAAAUCAGUGCAGAAACCCCAGCAAUUUUAUCAGCACUCUAAUCAUGGUAGAAAAAAACUAAUUCCAUUAUGAUACUGUAUUCUAUACUCUGUGCUCCCUGUUGUACUGGAUUUUUGUAUAAAAUCAAGAAAAGUAUGAAGUCAUCCUCCUACGCAGGGACAGCCAACAGCCAAACUGCCUGUCUGGAUAUGCCCUGCUAUUUCAACCGUCACCCUUAGUUCCUGACCGCCCUGCU